CCAGCUCAGCGAGGAGCCCAGAAUGUCCCUGAAGGCUGUGGUCCUGACCCUGGCCCUGGUGGCUAUCACUGGUGCUCAGGCGGAAGUCAAUGCUGACCAGGUUGCUACUGUGGUGUGGGACUAUUUCAGCCAGCUGAGCAACAAUGCCAAGGAGGCUGUGGAACAACUCCAGAAGUCCGAACUCACCCAACGGCUCAACGCCCUUUUCCAGGACAAACUUGGGGAAGUGAAUACCUACGCGGUUGACUUACAGAAGAAGGUGGUGCCCUUCGCCACGCAGCUGCAUGAACGCCUGACCAAGGACUCGGAGAAGCUGAAGGAGGACAUUCAGAAGGAGCUGGAGGACCUACGGGCCCAGCUGCUGCCCCACGCCAAUGAGGUGAGCCAGAAGAUCGGGGACAACGUGCGCGACCUGCAGCAGCGCCUGGGACCCUACGCGGUUGAGUUGCGCACCCAGGUCAACACACAGGUGGAGCAAUUGCGGCGCCAGCUUGCUUCCUACGCUCAGCGCAUGGAGACCAUGCUGCGUGAGAACGUGGACAACCUUCAGGACUCGCUGACGCCUUACGCCGAUGAGCUCAAAUCCCAAAUCGACCAGAAUGUAGAGGAGCUCAAGGGGCGCCUCACUCCCUAUGCCGACGAGCUCAAGGUCAAGAUCGACCAGAACGUGGAGGAGCUGCGCCGCAGCCUGUCUCCCUUUGCACAGGACGUCCAGGAGAAGCUCAACCACCAGCUUGAGGGGCUGGCCUUCCAGAUGAAGAAGAACGCUGAGGAGCUGAAGGCCAAGCUCUCGGGCAACGCUGAGGAGCUGCGGCAGAGGCUGGCGCCCGUGGCCGAGAAGGUGCGUGGCAACCUGAGGAGCAACACCGAGGGGUUGCAGAAGUCUCUGGCCGAGCUGAGCAGCCACCUGGACCGGCAGGUGGAGGAGUUCCGCCGCAACGUGCAGCCCUACGGCGAGACCUUCAACAAAGCCUUGGUGCAGCAGGUGGAGGAGCUCAAGCAGAAACUGGGCCCCUAUACGGGGAACGUGGGAGGCCACUUGAGCUUCCUGGAGAAGGACCUGAGGGACAAGGUCAACUCCUUCUUCAGUACCCUCAAGGAGAAAGAGAGUCAGGACAAGCCCUUGGCCCUCCCGGAGCAGGAGCUGACACAGGCCACCCUGGAAAGCUGA